AUGAUUAACUCAUCUUUCAAUACAACUAAUACUGCAGUCACUGCAGUGCCGGAGGAAAUUUAUUUAUUUUUAGGUUUAUAUUUAUCUUUUGUGUGUUUUAUCGGUGUUACCGCAAACGGACUUUCGCUUGUCGUCUUUUUUCGAUUUAGUCAUCUUCGAACUCCAACGAAUACAUUCAUUAUUGCAUUACUAAUUAACGAUAUAAUUAUGUGCUUAGUUGGUAUACCUUUAUCAGCAAUAGCGAAUUUUCAAGGAUAUUUCCUAUGGGGUUUCUCUGUUUGUGUAUUUCAAGGCUUCAUAAUGUAUUUCGGUAGUAUCAGCAGCAUGUAUAUUCUUACUGCAAUUUCUUUGAACAGAUAUAUAGUCAUUGUCAUCAAAAGACCUUUGUCACGGAAAAAAGUAAAAUAUAUGCAAAGUAAUAUAGCAUUAGUAUUCUGUUAUAUUUUUGGCUUGUUUUGGAGUGGUAUUCCGUUCUCGGGAUGGACAAGAUACGAAUACGAAGCAAUAGGAACCACGUGUUCAGUUGCAUUUAACACUACUUAA